GCUUUUUCCAAAGCCGAACGCAAGGUCGCAAACCCUACCAGCUCUCCGCAAAGGCCCAAAUGCUCUCCUCUCCACCGCGGCGGCUGCAACGCGUAGCAACAAAGGCAGAGCAAGCGAGCACAUCCCCACGCCCUACUGUUACUACGCCCGCCAUGGCCGACCCGGCGGAGCACCGCGAGGAGGAGGAGACCGCUGCGGCGGGCGAGGAAGAGGACACUGGCGCCCAAAUCGCCCCUAUCGUGAAGCUCGAGGAGGUUGCUAUCACCACCGGCGAAGAAGAUGAGGAAGUCCUGCUUGAGAUGAAAGCGAAACUCUACAGAUUUGACAAGGAUGGGGGCCAAUGGAAGGAGCGGGGCACCGGCACCGUCAAGCUACUCAAGCACAAGGAGACCGCUAAGGUCCGCCUCGUCAUGCGACAGGCCAAGACCCUCAAGAUCUGUGCCAAUCACCUAGUGGUGGCCACGACGAAGAUGCAGGAGCACGCUGGUAGCGAUAAGUCGUGCGUGUGGCACGCACUGGACUUCGCGGACUGUGAGCUCAAGGAGGAGAUGUUCGCCAUCCGCUUUGGAUCUGUGGAGAACUGCAAGAAAUUCAAGGAUAUGGUAGACGGGAUUGCUGAGGAGCAAGGAAAGAAUGACGAGAAAGAAAGUGAUGAAGUCUCGUCUGCUGCUGAGUUGGUAGAGAAGCUUAGGGUCACCGAGUCCAAAAAGGAUGAAAACGAUGAUAAGAAAGAUUCUAAGGAGUGAAAGGCGCCCGCCUGCGUAAUCAUAUACUCAAACUAGUGAAAUUGUCAAAUGAGUGUUACUAUUUGAUUCAUUUCGUGGUAAAAGUCCAUAUCCUUUCACAAAUUUUCAUUGUGUUUUAUCUGGGAUGAAUGUUUGUGGUAGGCAAAAUUUGUUUUGUGUCAGUCUUCUUGGUCAAUAGACCGUUAUUCAAGCCUUUGUUUAUCUGGAUGGUUUGGCUGGGAUCAGCAAGUUUGUACAAUUACAUUUGGAUCUGCAUUUGGAAUGCACAUGGUUGAGUUGUCCAACGUC